GUGUCACCUACUCGGACACGGUGAGCGCCACGGAGCCGUGCAAGCCRUGCACGCAGUGCGUGGGGCUGCAGAGCAUGUCAGCACCCUGUGUCGAGUCGGACGACGCCGUGUGCCGCUGCGCCUACGGAUACUUCCAGAACGACUCGAGCGGCGGCUGCCAGGAGUGCCGCGUGUGCCAGGCGGGCUUCGGCCUCAUGUUCCCCUGCAAGGACUCGCAGGACACGGUGUGCGAGGAGUGYCCCGAGGGCACCUUCUCCAGCGAGGCCAAUUUCGUGGAUCCCUGCCUGCCCUGCACCACCUGCGAGGACAACGAGGUGUUGGUGCGGGAGUGCACGGCCACGGCUGAUGCGGAGUGUCGGGGUGAGAGACGGCGAGGGAGGGGUUAA